AUGAAGAAAAAAAGAAAGGCCAACGUUGGUUCUCUAGAUAAUUUUAUCCAUAGACAACAUGUUAAAGAGCCUAUUGAAGAGCAUGUUGAAGAUAAUAUUGAACACCAAGAACAUGUAGAAGUAAAAGUAGAAGAGACACAAGAGAAAGAGCCCGUUAAAGAGCUUGUUGAUAUAUGUGAUCCAAGAAGAAAAUGGCUAUUUGAUAUUCCACUUGAGGAGUUAAAGUCUCUUGGUCUUGAAAUUGAUGAUAUGUGUGGUCAAGGCUAUGAUAAUGGAGCAAACAUGAAAGGAAAACAUCAAGGAGUUCAAAAGAGAUUUUUAGAUAUAAAUCCUAGAGCAUUUUACACUCCUUGUGGUUUCCAUUCUCUUAAUCUAACAUUAUGUGAUAUGGCUAACAAGUGUGAAAUUCUGAAAGAUAAUUUUAAAGCAUGGAGUCUUAAGUCAUUAUGUCAAAAUCGUUGGGAAAGUCAGGUUGAGAGUGUAAAGGCUAUUAAACUGCAACUUGUUGAUGUGCACGAAGCUUUACUUCAAGUUGGAGAAAAAGAUAAUGAUGUUGCAAUUGCAAGUGAAGCAACUUCAUUAGCAGAAAAAGAACUUGGUGACUUUGAAUAUUUGGUAUCAAUUGUUAUCUGGCAUCAAGUACUAAACCAUGUGAAUAUUGUGAGUAAAAAAUUACAAUCGAAGGAUAUGCAUCUUGAUAAUGCUAUCAAAGAAAUAAACAAAUUGGUUGGGUACUUCAAGGAUUAUAGAGAAACUGGUUUUUCAAAAGUAGUUGGUGGAGCUAAGGAGAUUACAAUUGAAAUGGGUAUUGAUCCAAUAUUUCCAUAA